CUCCCUUGAGCUUUCAUUCCUUUCAGAGAGAGAGUCAGAGAGAGGGAAUCAUUCCACAAUCAGUCAUAUUCCUCCUAAAUCUUGAGAGAUCAGUUCUCGCAAAGCCCACCGGAGACGACAGCAAUGGCUGAAAAGAAGGUAAAAAUGGAAAUCAAGGUUGACCUGGGGUGCUCUCGCUGCUACAAGAAGAUCAGGGAAGUGAUCGGCAAAUUGCCUGAAAUCCGAGACCAAAGGUACGAUGAGAAGCAGAACAGGGUGCUAAUCAGUGUGGUAAGCUGUUGUCCUGAGAGAAUCCUUGAGAAAAUAGCCAGCAAAGGCGGAAAAACAGUGGAGAGCAUCAAGAUAGUCCCCGAGAAGAAAGACAGCGAGAAGCCGAAGGAGACAGAGAAGAAGAAAAAUGUUGGGGAUGAACCAAAAGAGGGCAAAACGAAGGACGCACGAGCUGCAGGAAAACCAGAAGAAGGUAAGAAAAAGAAAGACGGAGGAGGGGACAAGCGUAAAGGAGAUGGCGAAAAGCAGCAAGCGCAAGGUCAGAAUAUUAUCAUCAUCGAAAAUGUCAAUAUUUAUCAGGACAGAAGGCACUAACAGCUGCCUUAGCCGUAUUACCAAGGAUACGGCGCCGUGCCAUACUAUCACGGGGUGCCGGCUUAUUAUGGUGAGAGCAGUUAUGGUGUGAAUAGGGGGCUAUAACACGAACCGCACUGACUACUUCAGUGAAGAGAACUCUGAGUCAUGCACAGUCAUGUGAUUGGAUCGUGAAUGGGCUAGCGUUGCAUGUACGUGUUAACUUGCUGAAGGUUUAAUAUUUUAUCAUUUGUGCUUAGUUGAAGGAUCUGUCAAAUUCAGUGGAUAUUUGUAUUUGAUCAUAUGAGACAAUAAAGGAACACUGAGGUUUGGUGGGAAGGUCGAUGAUUUUAUGAUUCUGUUUGCUGAAAUAGGAUGAGUAGGUGGUUUGGUAUUUUAAACAGAUUAAAUUACCAGUUAUCAGUUGUUGAAGUUUUAAUCAAUGAGGACAGCUGAUUCAAAUCAA